AGCAGGGUUGCCAGAUUGGUCGGUUAUCCGCCAAUUGGGCCUAAUUUGUCUUUCUUUGGGCGGGAUGUUGUAAUCCGGGCCACCUUUUUUCGCCAUUAGGGCGGUUUCCACCUACGAAAGGCUAGACUAUAGUCCAGAGGUUUUAAAACUGUAAAGGAGGCGCAGUGAGAGACACGUGGGGCAAAGAUACUGUGUGAGGUGAAAAGGACAGGUGCAUGCUGGUAAAACAAAGGGGACUUAGUAUUUGUAGUUGUAUUUUUUUCCGCUCAUCUACACGUUCAGCAUUUGCAGCAGCAGCAGUGGGAUUGAGGCACAGCUCCCUGAAGCAAUUAAGUGUUUAUGACCUUGCUUUCAAGCCAGAUGGCAGCCAACUCAUCAUUGCUGCAGGUCUUCGUGUCCUUGUUUAUGACGCAGCAGAUGGAGCUAUUAUCCAGCCUUUAAAAGGACACAAAGACAUAGUGUACUGUGUGGCCUAUGCCAAAGACGGUAAAAGGUUUGCCUCUGGGUCAGCAGACAAAAGCAUCAUCAUCUGGACAUCUAAACUGGAGGGUAUUUUGAAAUAUACUCACAAUGACUCUAUCCAGUGUGUUGCCUACAACCCUGUCACUCACCAACUUGCCUCUUGCUCUUCUGGUGACUUUGGUCUUUGGUCACCGGAGCAAAAAUCUGUUAACAAACAUAAAGUGAGCAGCAAAAUAACAUGUUGUGGGUGGACAAAUGAUGGCCAGUACCUUGCCCUUGGCAUGAUGAAUGGAGUAGUCAGCAUACGGAACAAGAACGGAGAGGAGAAGGUUAAGAUCGAGCGUCCAGGAGGCUCUUCCUCUCCUAUCUGGUCCAUAGCGUGGAACCCUUCUAAGGAUGAGCACAAUGACAUUCUAGCUGUGGCAGACUGGGGUCAGAAGCUCUCUUUCUAUCAGCUCAGUGGAAAGCAGAUUGGAAAAGAUAGGACUCUCACCUAUGACCCGUGUUGCGUCAGCUACUUCUCUAAGGGCGAGUAUAUAGUCAUGGGUGGCUCUGAUAAACAGGCCUCCCUCUACACUAAAGAUGGUGUGCGGCUAGGCACCAUUGGAGAGCAGAAUGCCUGGGUGUGGACGUGCCGGGUUAAGCCUGACUCCAACUUUGUGGUGUUGGGCUGCCAGGAUGGGACCAUUGCCUGCUACCAACUUAUCUUCAGUACAGUUCAUGGCCUCUACAAGGAUCGCUAUGCUUACAGAGACAGCAUGACUGAUGUCAUUGUCCAGCAUCUCAUCACUGAACAAAAAGUGAGGAUCAAGUGCCGUGAGCUGGUGAAGAAGAUCGCCAUCUACAGAAACCGUCUUGCCAUCCAGCUGCCUGAGAAGAUCCUCAUCUAUGAGCUCUAUUCAGAUGACUCCUCAGACAUGCACUACCGCAUCAAGGAGAAAAUUUGCAGGAGGUUUGAAUGCAACUUGCUGGUGGUCUGCUCCCAGCAUAUCAUCCUGUGUCAGGAGAAGAGGCUCCAGUGCCUGUCCUUCACCAGUGUCAGGGAAAAAGAAUGGGUGAUGGAGUCCCUGAUUCGCUACAUCAAAGUGAUCGGUGGUCCGCCAGGCAGAGAGGGCCUACUAGUAGGGUUAAAGAAUGGAGCUAUCCUGAAGAUAUUUGUUGACAACCCGUUUCCCAUCACACUGCUGAAGCUGUCAACGUCAGUGCGCUGCCUGGACAUGAGCGCCUCCCGCAAUAAACUGGCUGUGGUGGAUGAGCACAGCACUCUCCUGGUCUAUGACAUCAAUAGUAAAGAACUACUUUUUCAGGAACCUAAUGCUAACAGCGUGGCCUGGAACACCCAGUGUGAGGACAUGCUGUGCUUCUCUGGCAACGGGUACCUUAACAUCAAGGCUAGCAACUUCCCUGUACACCAGCAGAAGAUGCAAGGCUUUAUGGUCGGCUACAAUGGCUCUAAGAUCUUCUGUCUCCACGUCUAUUGCAUGUCAGCUGUGGAGGUGCCUCAGUCAGCACCCAUGUACCAGUACCUGGAGAGGAAGAUGUUUAAGGAGGCCUAUCAGAUCGCCUGUCUGGGUGUGACAGACAGUGACUGGAGGGAUUUAGCCACAGAAGCCCUGGAGGGACUUGACUUUGACACUGCCAAGAAGGCCUUCAUUAGAAUCAGAGACCUGCGCUACCUGGAACUCAUUAAUAGCAUUGAGGAGAGGAAGAAGCGGGGUGAGAACGACAAUGAGCUGUUCCUGGCAGACGUCUUUGCCUACCAGGGGAAAUUCCAUGAGGCAGCCAAACUUUACAAACGUACUGGCCAUGAAUCUAGAGCCCUGAGCAUGUACACUGACCUGCGCAUGUUUGAGUAUGCCAAGGAGUUUGUCGGAGCAACAGACCCUAAGAGCUCUCGGAUCCUGAUGACCAAGCAGGCCGACUGGGCUAAGAGCAGCAAGGAGCCACGGGCAGCAGCAGAGAUGUACCUGUCAGCUGGAGAACAUCUCAAAGCAAUAGACAUUAUAGGCGAGCAUGGCUGGGCCGACAUGCUGAUCGACAUCGCUCGUAAGUUGGACAAGGCUGAACGCGAGCCGCUGGGAAAAUGUGCACUCUACUUCAAGAGGCUGAAGCACCAUGGCUAUGCCUCAGAGACUUAUUCCAAGAUGGGAGAUUUGCAGGCUCUGGUGCAGUUGCAUGUGGAAACCCGGCACUGGGAAGAGGCCUUCUCGCUGGUGGAGAAGCACCCCCAGUUCAAGAAUGAUGUGUUUGUGCCUUAUGCCCAGUGGCUGGCUGAGAAUGACCGCUUUGAGGAAGCACAGAAAGCAUUUCACAAGGCAGGGCGACAGAAUGAAGCUGUGAAAGUCCUGGAGCAGCUUACCCACAAUGCAGUGGUGGAGAACAGGUUCAACGAUGCAGGGUACUAUUACUGGAUGUUGUCUAUGCAGUGUCUGGACAUCGCUAGAGAAAGUGAAGAACAGAGGGAUGAAAUGCUGAAGAAGUUUGAGUAUUUUCAGCAUCUUGCUGAGCUCUACCAUGUCUAUCGCUCCAUUCAGCGUUACACGGAUGAGCCCUUCAGCUCCCACAUGCCAGAGACACUCUUCAACAUCUGCAGGUUCCUCCUGAACAACCUCACCAAGGACAUACCACCAGGCAUUUCUAAAGUUAACACCUUAUAUGCAUUAGCUAAGCAGAGUCAAAAACUGGGUGCAUACAAGCUUGCCAGGUAUUCUUAUGAGAAGCUGCAGGAGCUUCACAUUCCCUCUCGCUUCCAGGAGUCCAUAGAACUGGGCAGCCUCACCAUUCGCACCAAACCUUUCCACGACAGUGAGGAUCUGAUUGAGGGCAUGAUGUGCUACCGCUGCUCCACCAACAACCCUUUGCUGAACAACCAGGGGAGUAUGUGCAUCAAUUGCAGGCAGCCUUUCAUCUACUCAGCUUCAUCUUAUGAGGUGCUGCCCCUGGUGCAGUUCUACCUGGAGGAGGGUAUCACUGAUGAAGAGGCUGUGUCUCUUAUUGACCUGGAAGUUCCUCACAUGAAUGAGAGGGAUCCACAGUGGCAGGAUAUGGGCAAUGGUGAGCUGCAGGCUUUGAGGAUGGAUGAUGGUUUGGAUAAUGCAGAGCAAGACCCAUUUACAGCCAAAAUGAGCUUUGAGCAGGGGGGCUCAAACUUUGUCCCCGUCAAGGUGAGUCGCUUGGUGCUGCGCUCUAUGAGCAGGAGGGACGUCCUGAUCAAACGCUGGCCCAGGCCACUCAAAUGGGAAUACUUCCGCUCCCUGCUGCCUGAUGUGAGCAUCACUAUGUGCCCCACCUGCUUCAAGAUGUUUCAUAGUGAGGAUUAUGAGCUCCUGGUGCUUCAGCACAACUGCUGUCCUUACUGUCGCAGACCCAUUGAUGAACCAAACUGAUCUGCUUAAAACUAUAGCAGCUAUUUUAAACAUUUCAAUUAUUGUACCCUCAAGCUAAUCUUUUCGUCCUUUGGAUUUUUAUCCUGCAGUGGAUUUUCUGACAUUCCAUCAUUAUUCUUGUGCAUUGUAAUACGGUUAUGACUGAAAUAUAUGUAGACAUCUAUUUAUUGUCAAGUUGCUGUGAUUGUGUUACAUGCUAUGCCUUGAGCUCCCUCUCAAGAGAAGCCAAAGGCUGACUGACUGAAGUAAUACCUGUAGUGUUUGUGCGUUGAGCAUUAUAGAGUGUAAGAAAGGUGCAACAUCAGCCAAUCAACCCAAUUGGAUUAUUAGGAUCAGAUUACCUAGGGCUGUCACUGAUUACAUCAUCACUUUUAAAGGGAACAUGAAUGUAAAGUGUAAAAAAUUUUGCUAGAAAAACAAAUUUAUUUAAAAAAACACUAUUUUGACCCAAUGGAAUAAAUCUAUUUGUUAUGUAGAGAAUGUUAUUAUUCACAAAGGCCAGAUACAUCUGCCAAGAAGUGCAUUCCACAGACCUACCUUUAGUCAGCAUAAGUAUUUGGACAGUGACACAAGUUUUGUAAUAUGGAUUCGGUACACCCUUGAGAUAUUUUGCCAGGCCUUUACUGCAGCCGCCUUCAAUUGCUGCUUGUUUGUGGGACUUUUGGGCAUUGAAGAAUAAUCCAUUUCUUUGCCAUGAGAAGCUCUCAGGUUGCUUUCCCAGUAUGUUUAGGGUCAUUAUCCAUCUAUACUGUGAAGCACUGUCCUAUCAGUUUUACAUCAUUUGGCUGAAUCUGAACAGAGAGUA